AUGGGUAUUACAAGCAAAUAUUAUGCUGAUUGGAUAUACACAACUCGGCCUGGGGAGACAGAGCGUUUUUACUUGGGCUCCGAUGAUGCACAGGGCAGCGAGUUCGAUGUAACACCUUUGCUUUCUGACCGACUGAGCCUCGUCGUUCGCUCUUUCCCCUUGUUUUCACUCUUUGGUCCUAAGGCUGCUGGGCCCUUGACAUCCGAUCAAUGCCGUAACUUGCUACUACAAUCUGGUGUUGAUGUUUCCGACGACGUCGGUAAGUCAGUGGCUGGCAUUUACUGGCCAACUGAUCACCAUCCUAUACCUAAUACUCAGGCUACCGAAAACGGCCUUGCCUCUGGCCCCGGUUGGCGGCAUCCCCAAUUGAUAGGUCUCGUACCUGGAUGGGCACUACUAAUGGUGCAGGCGGCUAGAAACGAUGACCACCCGCUUGCCUGCCAAGUGGUGGAGGUUGUCAGAGAUGCAGUUACAGGACCGCAUGGAGUUGACACUAGUCUCAAGGGAGUCAUCGGCAUCGUUGCUGAGUGUGUGGUGAGCUUGACUUUUUAUCUUUGUUUAGACUUCGAAAUUUUUAUUCUUACCUGUGAAUUUACUGAGUUAUAA